AAGGAAAUCGAAGCUAAUUCAAGCUGUCAAGGUACCUUGGGUAAUUUAUGAAUCCAAGAUGGCGGCAGCCUUGAUGCAGAACAACGGGUCUGCACCAAAUCAGCAAAAACAACUCAGUGGAGCGGCUGACAGAUCUCUACGAUCUGUAUUUGUUGGCAAUAUUCCCUAUGAAGCGUCAGAAGAACAGCUUAAAGAAAUCUUUUCUGAAGUUGGACCAGUUGUUAGUUUCAGGUUAGUUUUCGACCGUGAAACUGGUAAACCAAAAGGCUAUGGGUUUUGUGAGUAUAAAGAUCAAGAAACGGCACUAAGUGCAAUGCGCAACCUCAAUGGUUAUGAACUAAAUGGGCGUGCACUCAGAGUUGACAGUGCUGCAUCAGAGAAGAACAAAGAAGAGAUGAAAGGUAUGGAAGCGGUUGCUCGACCAGAGGCCAACCCACAUGGUCCUCCAGUGGCUCCUGCCGAGGCUCCUGAAGCCAUCACACAGGCUGUUGCAAGUCUUCCACCAGAGCAAAUGUUUGAACUCAUGAAACAAAUGAAGAUUUGUAUUCAGAACAACCCAGAAGAGGCCAGACAGAUGUUACUACAGAACCCUCAGCUUGCCUAUGCCUUACUGCAGGCACAAGUCGUUAUGAAGAUUGUUGAUCCUGUGAUUGCUCAAAGUAUUUUACACAAGCCCAAUGAAGCACCAGCUCAUAUCCAGCCAGGAGAACCACAGCCGCAAUCACAACACAUCCCAGGACCUCCAGGUCCCAUAGGUGGAGGACCAGCACCAGGGCCACAAGGGCCAUCAGGACAUCCUGGGCCAUUCCCUGGACCAGGACCUGAUAUGGGAAGAGAGCCAAGAGGACCACCCCCACAUGAUAUGAUGGGACCUCCAGACCAGUGGGAUCGAAGAGGUGGACCGGACAUAAGAGGGCAUGGCAUGCCACCAGACAUCCACGAUCGAGGGCCAGGACCCAACCAUAGGGACUUACAUGGACCACCUGAUGGACCACAUGGCCGAGGAAUGCCGCCAAAUGAUAUGAGAGGCCCUGACUUUAGAGGACCCCCUGACAGAGGGUUUGGUGAUAGAGGUUUUGAUCCAAGAGACCCAAGAUCAAGGGAACCUCCACGGACAGACUCAAGAGAUGAAAGAAGAGGUCCCCCUAUGGACCACAGGGAUCAGCAUAUGAGAGACCCUAGAGGACCACCUCCCCAUGAGCAGCGCUAUGGUGGACCAGGCCCAGGAGGACCCAGAGACCCCAGGGAUCCUCGAGCUGAUAGGGGUCCUCCUGAGAGGUUCCAUAAAGGCCCAAAUCAUUCACCGCAGCAACAGUGGGGACCCCCACAGGGUGGGCCACCUCCAAGGGGACAACCAGGUCCAGGACCUGUUGGUAUGGCUAGACCCCCAGGACCUGGACAGGGUGGUCCAGGGGGGCCCCCAAAUCCUAGUCCUCCAAAUGUAACUGGUCCUCCUGCCGAUAUAUCUGCACAAGACCAAGAAAAGGCGGCACUCAUCAUGCAAGUACUAAGCCUAACAGACCAGCAGAUUGCUCUACUUCCAGAAGAACAAAGACAAAGUAUCAUGAUGCUAAAAGAACAGAUUGGAAGAUCGACAUAGCCUUCAUUUUACCUCUAAUAUAUAUGUAGUAGGGACAAUCUAGGGGGGUUCUAGCAUUGACUGUGAAGAGGGGGGUGGUAGGUGAGGAUACAAUAGUGUUUUUCACUGAUAACAUCACAAUAGACCUAUCCGGAAUUUGCUUGACUGGCGACGAAACAAUGGUUUCAAAUCAAGGUUGAACUUGAUGAAUAAAAGAAUCAAGUCCAGUCUCAACUUCAAACCAUUGUUUCGUGGUCAGUCAAGCAAAUUCGGAUAGGUCUUUGAAUUGAAAUAAUUUGAAUUUUGGGCCAUUUGUCAGGACCCCAAAUCAUUCUACAGUCAUCUCUACAUAUUUUCUUUUUUCCAGGUUUCCUCUUUCAAGGCGAGAUAUGGGGACUACAUAUCUUUGUACCCGAGCUUARCCAUUUUUCCCCUUUCAACCCAAGCUUGAUUUUUUUUCUCUCUCAUACUUCUAAUUUAUGGCUUCAUAACUUAUGUUACUAUUAAACUGAAUAGAAAAAUUA